AGGAGGGGGGAAACCAGUUUGAUAUGAGCAUAUGCAAAGCAGCGAGUGAGCAGAGCACCGUGGAGCGCUGUGCACCUAGGAAAGGGCCCAGGUUUACAGCUUAACUGCCCAGGGGAGGGAUUUGGUGGUUAUUAUAGGAAAAUCCUUUAAGCCAGCAGCCCGGGGUGUGCCGGCAGUGAAAGCAAAACAGGCACCCGAGCGUGGACACAAGAAAGAGCCGACGAUGGAGCCGCUUCCCUGCAGCCCCGGCCGUGCCCAGUGGCCGCUGCCCUGCCUGGUGCUGCUCGCCCUGCUCGGCUGCCCAGGUGUGGGUGCCCAGGUGGAUCCAGGCUUCCAGCUGCGACAGCCCCAGGACAAGGUGUCAGUGGCAGCCGGGGAGACACUCACCCUGAACUGCACCAUAUCUGGAGUCAGUCCCCCUGGCCCCUUGAAGUGGCUGAAGGGCUGGGACAGCAGGAACGUGACUGUUUAUGAGCAGACGGGCUCCUUCCCCCGUGUGACAAGGGCAGUGGAUGGGUCCAACACAGACUUCACCAUCCGCAUCAGGGAUGUUCAGCCUGAGGACUCCGGCACCUAUUACUGCGUGAAGUUCAGUAAAUCGCUAAGCGGUGAUGGGGUCCUUCAGCGUGGAAGUGGCACAGAGGUGUCCGUGCAGGCCAAACCCAGUGCCCCAGUUGUGUCCGGGCCCGACCGCAGAGCGGGGCCGGGGCAGUCGCUGCCUUUCACCUGCACGUCUGGAGGGUUCUUCCCCAAAGACAUCAGCGUGAAAUGGCUCAAGGACAAGGCCAUGAUCACGUCUCAGCCACCCCAGAUCAACCCCGGGCAGAUGAAAUUCUCCUUCGACAUGUCCAGCACCGUGACGGUGAUGCUGCAGGAGGGCGACAUCCGCUCGCAGCUCAUCUGCAGAGUGCAGCACCCCACACUGGAGGACCCGUUGGACGGGACCUACCCGCUCAGCAGAGCCCUGCGAGUGUCCCCCAGAGUCCAGGUGGUCAUGGACCCAUCAAGCCCCGUUAAGGUGAACCAGACCGUGAACUUCACCUGCUAUGUGAAGAGGUUUUACCCAGGAGACGUGACCGUCACCUGGCUGGAGAACGGGACGGAGCUGAAGGUUCAGAACGUCUCCCGGGCGGUGGAGACCCCCCAGGGCUUGUUCGAGCUGAGGAGCCUGUUGGAGGUCCAGGCGACGGAGGAGAAGAACGGGUCUGUGUUCACCUGCCGUGUGGUGCAUGAUGCCCAGGACCCCAUCACCAGUAUGGCCACCCUGCAGAUUGUCCCGCUGUCCAAGGAGGAACCAGAGGACUUACCCCAGCAAGGCUAUUUGCCCCUCGUCUAUAGUGUGGUGGGGGUGGUCUGCACCAUGCUGGCACUGCUGGUGGCUGCAAUUCUGUACCUCAUCCGUGCAAAGCAGAGCAAUGGUAAAAGCUCGCCGUCUGCCAGGUUGCAUGAGCCGGAGAAGAGCAGCGAGGCCACUACCCAGGAAUCUGACCCAAACAACCUGACAUACGUGGACCUGAACUUUGAGAGGGAGAGGGAGAGGAAGACCAUCCGGCGGAUGGUGGAGCUGAGCCAGCAGUCGGAGUACGCCAGCAUCCAGACCAGCCCAGCACCCGCCAACGAUGACAAUCUCACCUAUGCCGACCUGGACAUGGUGCACCUCAGCAAGGCGCCCAGGCGGCCAGCCCCGCGCCCCGAGGAGCCCAGUUCCGAAUAUGCCAGCGUCCAGAUCCCCAGGAAAUGAGUAGGGGCUGCUGGGACCCUCGUCCCCCUGUGGGGAGCUGUCCCACUCCUCCCCGGGAGGAUUUCCUUGGAAGCGCUGAGGGUGAUGUGAAGAUGCGCUGCGGUACCCACAGUUUGGGGUGGAAAUGCAGCCCGUGGGGGUCAGCUCCCAUCCAGAGACCUGAUUUUUGGAGGCAGUUUGCUCCCAAGGGUGAUGGCUCCAUCCCUUCAGGAUCCCCCAUGGCCACAGGAGUUAAACCAGCGGCUCUUUGAAAAGCUCCAGCUGAGUGAGGGGAUAGGGACAGUGUCUCCACGCUGGCUCCCAUGGGGAUGGUGCUGCCUGCCUGGGCUCCCAGAGCCACCCCGACCCCGCAGGGACCCACAGGGAUCUCCACACUGCCUUCCGGGGCUCUGUGCUGCCGGCGCCUGGAAAACAAACUUGCUUUAAAGCAAGGACAUGAGUGUCCGCCUCUCUCUUCCCAAGUGUCCCUUCUGCGGGACCUCAGUCUCGCUCCAAGGCCAACGAGGCUGGGCAGCUGGUGAGCCGAGCCCCCCACUGCAGACUGACCCCCUUCCUGCCGCCUGGGGAAGGCUCCGUGUCCCCAGCACCGAGCAUCCUCCUCCUCAUCUUCCUCUGCUCAGCCUUGCCCCACACCGGGACCCACCAGCGCUGCCCCAGGCUUGUACAACGCAUGGGGGUGGCCCUGCCAGCCCGGCCCCCCCGGGAGCUCCCCGCAGGUACCGUGUAACAUGUUUUGACUGUUUGACAUGUAACUGUUAAUUUUUAGAGCUCAAACCCGAUGUUUUGUGUUGUGCGUGGGUGUGCUGCUGUGUACUUAACACUAGAAUAAGAUGUGCAAAAUUAAGACCAAGGCCUCAGUAAAGAUCCCUAAACCCUGCAGAGUUUAAGAGGCUUUCAACCCCCCCAGCUCUGCCAUGAGGGCCAGGCAGGCUCCCGCCAGCCCACCCAUGGGGACAAGUGUCUUCCAUGUGUCCCCUCCCUGGGCCACCACAUGGGGCCACCACCCUACGCUGGCUCCUGCAGCACCAGGUGGCCUUGCAGCGGGGGGCAUGUGUGGGGCUGCCCUCCAGGCUGCUGGUGGGGAGCUGGGGGGGCUGGUGAUGCUUUGAGAAUGAUGUGGCUGCUUGUACAGACUUUUUUUCUUUUUGCUUGCAAGAUAUUUUUAUAAUAAAAGUGAAAAGUCCUGUGCUGCUCCCGCA